AAAGGGCCAUAGUUUCCCCACCUCUGGCUUAGAGCCUUUUAAGCCCUUGGUCUGGACCGCAGCAGCAAAGGCGUUUCUUCCCUUUUGCUGCUCCUCCCAUCUGGAUCAUAGAUGUGAUACGCGCCAAAAUGGCAGCGUUCGUGUUUCGGCGUGGGUUACUGCAGAGCCGGACUACGGUGAAACAUUGGGCGGCGACAGGCAAAAGAUGUAUUCUUUCAGCAGCAUACGUGGACAGUACAACAUGGGAACAAAAAAAAAAGGAAGAGCACAGCCUUGCUGAUUUAGCCAAUUUGAUGGACAGAACCUAUGAAAAAAAACUACCGGUCAGCUCUUUAACAUUAUUUCGGUUUAUAGAUAACAUUUCUUCACGUGAGCAUGUGGAUCAAACUGAAUAUUAUCUAUACAAGUUUCGUCACAGCCCUAAUUGCUUUUAUUUAAGAGACUGGAUCAUCCACAGCUGGAUUAGGAAGUGCCUUAAGUUUGGUGCACAGGAUAAAGCUUUGUACACUCUACAAAACAAGGUCCAGUUUGGAAUAAUUCCAGAUAGUUUUACCUUCAAUUUAUUAUUGGAUUCUUUUAUAAAAGAUGAGAAUUACGAAAAUGCUAUGGCUGCAGUGACUGAGAUAAUGAUACAGGAAGAUUUUACUAAGGUGUCUACCCAACUUCUCUCUCUUUAUACCAUGUACAAAUAUUUGGCAACCAAAUCAGAACUUACGUGGGAAGAAGAGAAAAAUCUUGGAGCAUCUCUGUUGUUAGUGGGCCUCAAGCAGACUAACACUAUAGGAUUUAGUUCUCAGCUAUAUGGUCUUGCCCUUCUUGGUAAAGUGGAGCUACAGAAAGGAUUGCGAGCUGUUUACCACCUAAUGCCGCUCAUGUGGACCCCGGGAUAUCUGAACAGAGCCUUGAAAGUAAUGGAGGAUGUGGCCUUGCUUCCUGAAGAUGUGAAGCUUUGCCAGGAAGCAGUUGAUGUUCUGGCAGACAUUUUGCACCCAGCACCUGAGCCCGAGGUUUCUCCAGAAGACCCCAAGGAUUCAGAAGAAGCACCAAAGCAGAUACCGCCAGAAGAAAAUGAGGCGCUUCGUCUGCCUGAAUACCUAAACCGUUUCAAGGAGCUGAAUUCUAAACUCCACUCCCUUGGCAAGGUGGAAUCUAGGAAGCUGCUAACCCUGACAACUCAACUUGUUGAAGAGAAACUACCAGCCUCUGAAGAGGAAGACAUUACAAAAUACAAAGAGAAACUUGAGGAGUGGGAGAAAGAAAAAACGAUGCUGAUUGAAAGGGAGCAAGAAAUGAAAGAAAAAGCUAAGGAAAUGAUGGAAAUUAGAAAAAAAGCAAAUGCAGCCACAUGAUGCUUUUGCUGACAGAUGUCCAUUAUGCCUCAGAUUGUCUUGGCAAUAAACAGAGUCUCAUCCCGUCUUGUACCUUAUACAAACUUGGCCUGUCCACACAUUAAAUCUUUACACAAUCCAAGCUAUAUGUCAUCCCCUUCUCCAAAAUCUAUUAUUACUACUGUUCCUCUGAAAGUAUACAUUACCUCUGUUGUGUCUGAGAACAAAGGUUUGUCAUUUUAUCAAAUAGUUCCUUUCUAAAAUGUUGAGGUGAGCAGUGGUGGGUUGCAAAUCGCGUUCCAACCAGUACGGUUGGAAUGGGGCCGGCAGCAUCCUCAUGGAUGCGCGCAGUGUGCAUGCACACACGCAUAGUGUGUGCAUGCGUUCAAGCGCCUCUGUGAUGCUCCAGCUGCUCUGCGGAGCUUUCCGGAGGCGCUGUAUGCACCAUGCGCCUGUGUGGAAGC